GAAGAAAACGUUAGGUCAUCCUCCUAUCCAAAUAUGCAAAAGAAAAGUUCCUUGGGACAUGGCUGUCCCGGGGAGUGUCCACCAGGUGCUUGAGGACGUCCUGUUCUAUGUCAUCUGUGUCCUUCUCGCCAUGCAAAUAGUUUCCACCCUGCUGCGGAUCGACCUGUACAGGACAGGCGGGGCGAUGGCCGCGCGGGCGGAGAGGGCGGUUAUCGUCCCCGGCAACGGGGCGGGAGACGUGUACAACAGCAACUGGUACGAUUGGGUCAAGAGCAACCUGGACGACAUUCCUAAUUUCCAGUGCACUCUGAAGAACAUGCCGGAUCCAGUGAUGGCCAGAGAGAACAUCUGGAUCCCUUUCAUGCGUGAGGAGCUGCAGUGUGAUGAGAGAACCAUCGUCAUUGGUCACAGCUCGGGAGCGGAGGCUGCUAUGAGAUAUGCUGAACAGUACCAGGUGUUUGGCAUCGUGUUGGUGUCCGCGUGUGUCACAGACUUGGGGGAUGAAAAUGAAAGAGCGAGUGGUUACUACAGCCGACCUUGGCAGUGGGACAAGGUCAAGGCAAACACCAGAUGGGUGGUGCAGUUCGGCUCACGGGACGAUCCAUUCAUCCCGUGGGAGGAGCAGCAGCAGGUAGCGCAGGGUCUCAGCACGGAGCUGCACAAGUUUGCCAACAGGGGCCACUUCAUGUCGUACGACUUCCCGGAACUGGUGGAGGUGGUCAAGACCCACGUGGACCAAUAAUCAAUGGCCAGUUUACCAAGAUCUUGUGUCAAAUUUGUGUCUUGUGGUGAUUUAAAAA